ACUCGUUGCGGUUUAAGUGAAACAGACAUGCUGACGAACCAAUCACAGAGCAGGACUACAGAUAUCAACCAAUGAAAUAUCAGCGUCACGUUAGGACGCUGUAAGUAUAAAGGGUUUGAUUCAGCUGGACUUGUCCACGUUAAAGGAGCAUGACAGAUCGAGCCAGUCAUGGAUAAAUAUGAGAAGGUGAAGAAGAUCGGGGAGGGCUCGUUUGGGAAGGCCAUCCUGGUGAGGUCCAGAGAGGAUGGUCACCAGUAUGUCAUCAAGGAGAUCGGCAUCUCCAAGAUGUCUAAUAAAGAGAGACAGGAGUCACGCAAAGAAGUGGCCGUGUUGGCUAACAUGAGUCAUCCCAACAUUGUCCAGUACAAGGAGUCAUUUGAAGAGAGCGGCUGCUUGUAUAUAGUGAUGGAUUACUGUGAAGGAGGCGACCUGUUUAAGAAGAUCAAUAACCAGAAAGGACCUUUCCCUGAGGAACAGAUUCUUGACUGGUUCGUGCAGAUCUGUCUAGCGCUCAAACACGUACACGAUCGUAAGAUCCUUCACAGAGACAUCAAGUCACAGAAUAUUUUCCUGACUAAGGAUGGUACAGUACAGCUAGGAGACUUCGGGAUCGCCAGAGUUUUAAACAGUACCGUGGAGUUGGCCAGGACCUGCAUCGGCACACCUUACUACCUUUCCCCUGAGAUCUGUGAAAAUAAACCAUACAACAAUAAAAGUGAUAUUUGGGCCUUGGGAUGUGUCCUGUAUGAAAUGUGCACACUUAAGCAUGCUUUUGAAGCCGGGAACAUGAAGAAUUUGGUGCUGAAUAUCAUCAGAGGUUCAUACCCCCCAGUGUCUGUACAUUACUCUCAGGACCUGCGAGCUCUCUUAGGUCUGCUUUUCAAACGCAACCCACGGGAGAGACCCUCGGUCAGUGCCGUACUGGACAAGCCGUUUCUCACCCGCAGAAUCCAUAAGUUUCUCUCUCCACAGCUCUUUGCUCAGGAAUUCAGCCAAUCUCUUCUCAUUAAACAGCCCAAAAUAAGUGUCGCUCAGGGAGUACCAGCCAAGCACCCAGUCUCUGGUCCGGCAUCUAUUGCCCCUGCCAAGAAAAUCACCAAACCAGCUGCCAAAUACGGAGUGCCUUUAACAGCAAAGAGACCUGCCGACGCAGCCAGGAAACCUGUAGAGAGGAAACCUGGGGUAAAACUCAAACAGGCUUCCCCUCCAGCAGCAGUUCAGAGGAGAAUGAGGCGAGUGGAGGAGGAGAGGCGGAAGCAUGAGGACGGUGCGAGGAAGAAACGGAUGGAGCUGAUGGAGAGAGAGAGGAAACAGCGAGAGCAGAUGUUUCUCCUGAAGGCAGAGCAGGUGAAAAGGUUUGAGAGGGAAAAGCUUAUUAGGAUCAACCGUGCACGAGAGCAAGGCUGGAGGAAUGUUUUAAGCUCCAGUGGAGGCAGUAGCCCAGAGAGGAAGGUACCUUUUUUUGGAGGUGGAGGUAUGGGAGUCCCUCCGACUCCGGUUCAAAUCCCCUCUCAUCUUCCUGGUCCUGCUCAUGUCCCACCCUCACUGCCAGGUUCGGUCCAAGGAUCCAAAGCUUCCGAGGCUUGUGUCCCAUCAAAGGCCGCACAAGACCCUGGCAUGCCUAAUGGACACGCACGCCUCUCGGAUCAUCACUCUGUCAAGAGCCAGGCACGGAGGACAAGCCUCCAAAACGAGAGCGUAACUAAAAAUGACCAUGCCAACAGGCUGCGAGCUCAGGUAGUAGCAGAGAGGGCCAGACAUGUGGAGGAAUUCCUGCAACGCAAGCAAGAAGCCCUGCUCAAUAAAGUCCGUGCCGAAGGCCAGCUGGGGGCCCGGCAAAAUCUGGCCGCCAUCUUUGCGAGCCGGACAAACUCAUCCCGAAGCAGGAGACCCAGGGUCAACAAAGAGGAGGAGGAGUACCUGUCACGGCUGAGGCAGAUCAGACUGCAGAACUUUAACGAGCGCCAGCGACUUAAAGCUCGUCUCAGAGGAGAGAAGCAUGACGGUGAAUGUACAGACAGUCAGGAGGAGGCGUUGGAGCUCAGGAGGAAAAAGAUUGAAGCUCUGAAGGCGCAGUCGAAGGCCCGUGCAGCCGUUUUGAAAGAGCAGCUAGAGAAGAAACGGAGAGAAGCUUAUGAAAAAGAAAAGAAAGCAUGGGAGGAGCAUCUCGUUGCUCGAGGAGUGAAGGUUGACCUCGGCCCAUCGAAAGCAGCUGCACCUCCUCAGCCUGACCACACCCCUCAGGAUGACAUCACUAAAGCCACGCCCUCUUCUAGACCCACCACCCCAGCCAUCUCUAUGACUGCAGCCCUGAAGGAUGUGGGCGUGACUGCAGCUGGGCAGAAAUCCCUAAUAACGGAAGAUCCUGCAAAACCCGAAAUAUCAGACGUUCAGAGUGAGAGAAAGGAGAUUCUGCGCAGACUGAAUCAUAAUUUAAUGGCUUGCCCUUCAAAAGAAGCGGACGAGCAAGAGGCCACACCUCUCAGCAAACCAGGCCAGGCCCCUGAACCCUGCCAGCCAGUCACAGAGGAGAGACCACAAACCGGCGGCGACAGACGUAGAUGGGAGGCUGGAGCGCCUCCUGUACUCUCAGUAGCACAGUAUACUCUGGAGGACACGUGUAGCACUAUGACAGUGUCUCAGACGGCGUCUUUAGAAGCGUCUCCUGUCUCUGGUGACAGAAAGAAGUGGCAGCCCGGUGAUGUCCCGCUUGCCGUGGCUCAACAGACUCUGGAGGACACCAGCAUCACUACAGCAGAACAAACAACAGGUGAGGUCAUUCCUAUGGAAGCCUGGCAAAGGGAAGGGCGGAAAGUAUGGGGACAAACCCCAGUUUUACAAGUUUUAAAAAUUCUUGAGGAGGCUGAACUCCAGCCACUUACCCAGUGUUUGGAAAGCAGCAGCGUUUCUGACCACAUGCACGCCGAAACCCUUAACCCAACACUGGGGCCUUCAGAUGAUCCUGAUGGAAAUACAUUGCGGCCUUGCCCUCAGCCAAGCCAAGCUGUCACUGACCAAGAAGACCAGGAAGAGCAAGUGUUAGUCAGUCAGGUUCAGGAUCAACCUGCUGUUUACCCGAGUCAGAAAGUUGUCAUUGAGCGGGUCCAAGGUGAGCAUGCUGACUUGGGCCCAGAUGAGGACCAACAAGCUACGACUGGCCAGAACCAACAUCAGCACACUUCCAGUGACCAGGACCAAGAUCAACACACUGCUGCCAUUUAUCAGGACCAUGAGAAAGUAUCAGUGUGUCCUAAAGCUCCAUCAGUGACCAGCAGUCAAGAGCUAAACCCGGAGUCCCCAGAGAGAGAGAAUCCCCCUGAUGAAAAGAGUGCUGAUGAAACAGAUGAUGUAGAGUGUUUGGUUCUGGAGGAGGACCAUCAUCAAACUUCUAAGAAUCCUGCAGAAGUGAUAAAUGCUUGGGGACAGAAGGCUCACCAACCUGGGCCAGAAGAGGGCAGUGCAACAACAGUAGAGAAUCAGAAUGACACUCAGACACUAGGUCCAGAGGAUGAACAGCAAGUUACAGUGCCCGGUGAUGCUGCGUUUGUGAAGUUGAGUUGUAGUCCAGCGCACAGGCGUGCAGUAACGCUGUCUGCCAUGUCCGCCCAGUCCUCAGCGGAAGACACGUCGUCCUCGGUCGCCUCGCGCUCACGCUCUGUGUCACCUCUACGGUGCCACGAAGACGCUCUUUUGAUUGGCCUCUCCACUGGCCUUUUUGAUGCCAACAACCCUAAGAUGCUGAGGACAUGCUCUCUACCAGAUCUCAAUAAAAUCUUAAGUGGCUGUACAGAACCCGAAGGUGCCUCCACCCAUGACAACAAUCUGGAGAUAGAGGACCUGGAGGACAAGGAGGAUGAGCAGUCUGACACAGAUGCAUAUGAGGAUGAAGAUCUGCGAGAGCUCCGGGCCUCUAUGGAGAGGCUGCUUCAACAGCAACGGAGCGAUGACGAGGACAACGCUGAAGAUGAAGAUGGAGCAUCCGACAGCAGUCCUCCUGAUGAAGACGAGCAUGCCGGAUUGAACGGUCAGAAGGAGAGUAUCUUGAAGAGAGCAGCAGCUGAGGAGGAGGAUGAUGACAAUCCUGAGAACAGUCCAGAAGAGGCCAGUAAUGGGAAUGACGCAGACGAGGAUGAACAGAACAGCGAGAGCAAGCUUAAUGAGGAGUGGCAGUCUGAUGACAGUGAGGAGGGGGGGAGGGGUGAUUUGGAGCAACAGGACAGCAUAUUCAGCCGUCUGGAAGAGCAGCGUCUUCAUUUGGAGCAGGCUAUGGGCUUCGAGCACUUCAUCCAAGCCUACAACAAGAUCAAGGCAAUCAUUGACGACGAAGACACGAGCAUUGCUGUGGGCUCUAACGUGGUAGAGAGCAUUCUGAGACCUGAGCACCAGCAUCUGUAUGCCAAAAUCCUCCACUUAGUGAUGGCAGAUGGAGCAUACGAAGAAGAUAAUGAUGAAUGAGGUGAUACUCAUCCUCUCACUGCCAGCUACUCAGGACAAUCUGCUGGCUGAAAGUCUUCCCAUAAUGCUGUGCAGGAAAUGGACAGAGUGCGUGUGAAGAAAGGGAUUGUGUCGCUCAAGCACGACUUACAUUUUACUGCCAUGUCCGACAUCAACAACAUGAGUGUAUAUAAAAAUCGAAAUGAAUAUUAUUUAACGAGAGAGAGAUGCGUUCACAGUCAAAGGGUCACGAGAGAAUCUCUCACCACACAGUCGCAGAUGUCCUUUCUGCAUCAGGUUCCCUUUCACAAUCACAUUGUGCGCGCACACUACAUUUUCUCCUCUUUUUCUACUUUUUUUUUAGUAAGGAAAGCCUUUCCAGAAUGCAUGUUCAUUCCAGUUGUUUCCAUGGUUACAUUGUUGACACGGCGAGCAGCCAGGCAUGACGACUAAUUGACUUUAAGCAUUAACACGUGCACGCAUUAUGCACGCCUUAUUCUGUUGCACUUCUGAGAUGUAAACAAAGGACGGCAUCGUAGGAAAUUGUGUGACCGUCCAUAAAAAGCUGUACAGUAAAUUAUCUGAAGUAUUAAUCUAAAUAAGUGAAGGAGAGAAAUAGCAUUUUAAAUAAAAUGGUUGUCUAUGUUGUGUUUGUAUUUGGAAAUAAAUACUUAAAUUUUAAGA